GCUGGUGUGUCAAAGUUAGAAGAGGCUAAAAGAACAGUAGCCGAGCUAAAAACAAAAGCUAAUGAGCAGAGUAAGCUGCUAGCUGUGAAGCAAGCAGAGGCUGAUGCUGCCCUGGAGCAGAUUGAACGCAAUAUGCAGAGUACCGGUGAGCAAAGAAAGGAGAUAGAAACACUGCAGAGCAAGGCGGCAGAAGAGAACAAAAAACUGGAAAAGAGAAAGAUAACCAUUGAGAAGGAGUUAGCAGAGAUUGAGCCAAGAGUGAGGGAAGCAAAGCAAGCGGUUGGUAGCAUUAAACCAGAGAGUCUCUCAGAAAUCAGGGCUUUGAGAGCACCACCUGAAGUGAUAAGGGACAUUCUUGAGGGUGUGCUCCGUCUUAUGGGUACUUUCGAUACGUCUUGGGUGAGCAUGAAAAGUUUUCUUGCAAAGCGAGGUGUAAAGGAAGAUAUAUCCACAUUUGAUGCAAGGAAGAUCUCUCCAGAGAUCCGUGAGAGUGUAGAAAAACUACUGCGCAAAGACUCAUUCUCACAAGAAAAAGCUAGGCGUGCAAGUGCCGUUGCUUUGCCACUAGCAAUUUGGGUUAAAGCUAAUGUAAUGUACUCACAUGCCCUAGAGAAGAUUGCCCCUCUUGAAAAAAAACAAGCAGAACUUCAGAGAAAUCUACAAAAAGCUAUCAGUCGAGUUGAAAAGCUACAGAAGGGUUUGGAAGAUGUUGACAGAAAGGUUGCUGACCUGAAGAGAACCUUCCAGCAGAAGACGAAUGAAGCAGCUAAGCUGAAAAUGGAUUUGGAGAAGGCGCAGGAGACGAUAAGUGCAGCAGAGAACCUGGUUGGUAAGCUGGAUGGAGAGUAUCAAAGGUGGAGUGAACAGGUGAAAGAACUUGAAACUGAACUUGAGACGCUUCCCAAGAAAGCUCAAAUCGCUGCUGGUUACACUACGUACUUAUCAGCCGCUCCAGAGGACGAGCGCCGUGCCACACUCACGUCGUGGCUGGAGAAGGUUGACCUCCAAGGUUUUGACAUGCGUCGGUUCUUGAGCACAGAAAGUGAGCAGUUGAUAUGGAAAGGAGAAGGACUUCCAAGCGAUAACCUGUCCAUGGAGAAUGCUGUCAUUGUUCUACAGAACUCUCUACGUCCAUUCCUUGUGGAUCCAUCCUCAAGGGCGACUGAAUGGCUAAAAACUCACCUGACAGAACAAAGAUUGGAAGUCAUCAAUCAACAGGAUGCAAAUUUCAGUACUGCAUUGGAGCUUGCGGUAAGAUUCGGCAAGACACUAAUCAUACAGGAAAUAGACAAGGUUGAGCCGAUGCUGUACCCGUUACUACGAGGCGACCUCAUCAGCCAAGGUCCAAGGUAUGUUGUUCAGAUCGGAGAGAAAAUCAUUGAUUACAAUGAGGACUUCCGUCUGUUCUUGACAACACGGCAUCCUAAUCCAGAGAUUCCCCCAGACGCUGCAUCCAUUGUGUCUGAGAUCAACUUUACUACCACCAGGGCUGGGCUUACAGGACAGCUACUGGCGAUGACCAUUCAGCAUGAGAAACCUGAGCUUGAGGUGCGCAAGACAGAGCUUCUGAAGCAAGAGGAGGAUCUGAAGAUCCAACUGGCCAAACUGGAGGAGUCUCUACUGGAGACUUUGGCCCAAGCUGAGGGGAACAUUCUGGAGAAUAAGAAUCUGUUGGAUUCUUUGAACAAAACCAAGGAAAGCAGUCAAACAAUUUCAAAUUCUCUAUCAGAAUCUGUUGAACUGCAGACAUCUCUGGAUCAGGAACGUGAUGCAUUUCUGCCCUUGGCAGAGAAUGGUAGCACCCUAUUUUUCGUUAUCAGUGACCUUGCAAAGCUGAAUAACAUGUAUCGCUUCAGUUUAGGAGCAUUCCUGAGAAUCUUCUCCCGUGCAUUACAGGGAAAGACCGAUGGAAGCAGUACUGAAAUGAGGAUCCAACGCCUGAUCAAAUGCCUUCAAGAUCUCGUGUAUGAGUAUGUGUGUCGCUCUCUGUUUAAGUCCGACAGGCUGAUGUUUGCUCUUCAUUUGGCGCACGGGAUGCAUCCAGAGAUGUUCCAGGAAAAUGAAUGGGAGGCAUUCAUUGGUCAGAUUGUGUCAGACAUCAAAGCUGAUGGACACAGAGAGAAGGAUUCCUUCCCGAACUGGAUUGAUCAGGACAGGUAUCAAGAUGUCAAUGUCAUCAAGAGUAACUUUACUGCUCUGUAUCAGUCGUUGAGCUUUGGAGACAGUGGGUUGUGGUCUGGCUUCUCCAGGAGUUCACAGUGCGAGAUGGAAUUUCCAAAUGCUCUUCAGAAGAAAGUUUCUCCAUUCCAACAGUUACUUGUUAUUCAAACUGUUCGGCCUGAUCGUCUACAGAGCGCCAUGGGUGUGUUUGCCUGUAAAGCUCUAGGUAUGAAGGAGCUGUCUCCACCAUCAUUAAACCUGAAGCGUCUGUAUCCAGAGACAGUGUCAUCGGAACCAAUACUCAUCAUCAUCUCCCCUGGUGCAGAUGCCUCGGAAGAGCUUCAAGAACUUGCUGAUGAGAUCAUAGGCACUGACAAGUACCACCAGGUUGCCAUGGGACAGGGGCAGGCCGAUAUUGCUAUGCAGUUACUUCAUGAAUGUGCCAGGAAUGGAGAGUGGCUUUGUCUUAAAAAUCUCCACCUUGUUACUGCUUGGCUCCCAGUCUUGGAAAAGGAGCUGAACUCUCUUGUAACCCAUGACAGCUUCAGGUUGUGGCUGACUGCUGAGAGCCACCCCAAGUUCCCAACCAUCCUGUUGCAGUCCAGUCUGAAAGUGACCUAUGAGGCACCACCAGGCAUCAAAAAGAACCUCCAGCGUAGCUACGAUUCCUGGUCAACAGACUUCGUCAGCAAGAAUAACAAUGUCAUUCGUGCACAAGCUCUUUUUGCUCUGGCAUGGUUCCACGCUGUCUGUCAGGAGAGAAGAAACUUCAUUCCACAAGGAUGGACAAAGUUCUAUGAAUUCUCCAUGUCAGACCUCAGAGCUGGGGCUGACAUCAUAGACAGAAUCUGCUCGAAGUCUUUGAAAGACGUUUCUUGGGACUUUAUACAUGGCUUAUUUGAGAAUGCAAUUUAUGGUGGCCGAGUCGACAACACAUUUGAUUUGCGAGUGUUACAGUCGUACCUCACUCAGUAUUUUAACAAGGAUGUGUUGAGUGGGGGUAAGGCACGCAAGAAACUAACAGCGAAUAUAUCCCUUCCUACCACUUGUUACUACAAGGACUUCACAGAUCUUGUUGCAAACUUCCCCGAGAAUGACAAGCCAUCAUUCUUUGGUUUGCCUGCAAACAUUGAACGCUCAACGCAGCGCUUUAUAAGUGGACAGGUUAUAUCACAGCUGAAGGUCCUCCGACGGCUGGAUGUAGAAGCUGGCAAAUUUGAUAAAGAGAAAUGGUCGAGUGAACUUUCACCUGUGCUGUCUCUGUGGAAGAAAUUAAACCAGGGUUCACAGCUUAUCCAUGCUAAGGUUCAGCUGCCAACAGACAAGUCCGGAACUGAACCACCGAUUAAUUCCUUCAUCCUACUGGAACACUAUAAUGCCAUUCAACUUGUCCAGUACGUCCACUCUACUCUGGCUAGCCUUAGUAAAGUGAUCCGAGGCUCGAUUCUACUAACCAGUGAAGUUAGUGCUCUUGCUAUGAGUCUUUUAAACCAAGAGGUACCUGUUACUUGGCAGAAGAAGUGGGAUGGUCCAGAAGACCCAAUCCACUACCUGAGGACCUUAGUGGCACGUACCAUUGCUUUACAGGGGUGGGUGCAGAAGGUGCAAUCCAAUUCUCUUUUAUCUGACACCGUGGAUCUCUCAGAACUUUUCCACCCAGACACAUUCCUGAAUGCUCUUCGUCAGCAAACAGCAAGAGAGAGCAAGUCGUCCAUGGAUGGGCUGAAAUUUGUCUGCAAAUGGGCAGGAGGAAUCCCUGGUACCAAACAAUCAGUAAAGAUUGGAGGACUCCAGCUCGAGGGCUGUACCUUUGAUGGAAACAUGUUGACAGGCAACCAGCCUAACUCCCCCAGCGUGUCCUCUGUGCCUGCUUGUACGGUAGCCUGGGUAGCUAAGGACACGAGUGAUCCGUACAGCCCCAGCGAGUGCAUCUCCCUGCCUGUAUACUUCUCAGCCGAGAGGGAGAAGAUCGUCACUAAGCUGACGUUACCAUGUGGCGGCAACCAAGAAUUGUGGAUACAAACAGGAGCCGCGUUAUUCUUAAAAAGUGUGUAGAGUUGUUAGGUGGUAGAGGUAAAAUAGACUGUAAUGUUACAAUGUUGUGUAAACGAAUUAUUCAGAAAUUUGAUUAUAAAUAAUAUAAAAUGUUACAAUGUUUCGGAUAUAUCAUUCCAUCCAUUUAAAACGUUUUCUAGUGACAGCACUUAAUAUUAAUAUAUAUUUGAUGUAGACACAUCCUUCUGUUAUAUGUACAUGUAUAUAUUCAAAACAAGCCUUGGUGUGAUACUGUGUGCCUUGAUGUGAUGUAGUUAGUUUAAUUGAUGAACGACAUAUGCCAGUUUAUAUUUUUUGAAUCUUACCUCGAAAUUAGUAAAAUCGUCUGACCCAAGAUGGAAUUUAUAUGAGAAUGUGUUGCUAGCAAAUGAGCUUAAGCUAGACUAGCCUUGGUGUCAGGCCCUAAUUUUGGGUUACACUAUUUAUUGCACUUAGUGCGUGCCAUACCUAAUUUAGUUGACGUCCCAUAAUCAAUUUCUUUUUCGGAUUGUCUCUAAAUCUCUAAAUUAACUUUCUCAUUUGUGGUAGCGUCCGCAAU